GGUGGGGGGCAUGUUCUGGACCCCUGUCUUGCCCUGGGGUCCUGGGAACUGAGAAGACGUGGAGGCCAGACUGGGGAGGGGUCUGCCUCCCAGGGAUGAGGCGACAGGAGCCACAGGGUCAGAAAGAAGUGUUCUGGAAUAAGUAAGGGUCCGUAGACCCAAAGGCCCAGAGGAGGGGGCCCUCAGGCUUCAUCCCACCUCUCCAGCCCAGGCCCCAAGGCCCCUCCAUCUGUAAGUCCCCCAUCUGCCUUGCUGCGUCCUGCUGGAGGCUGACACUGUGACCUGGAGGGUGCGGAGCUGGAUGGCCACUCACUGAGCACACUUCACAGGUUCCAGCUCAGAGCUGAGGGGUCAGGGAGCUCGACCUCCAUGGAGGAGCCAGAGGGACGCUGACCACCCAGAGGGGGCGGGGCCCCACAGGCACACAUCAGGCCCAGAUUCUCUGGUGCCCUGGGGUCAGCCCCACCACCGGCCCCUCUGAGGUCACUCCCGUCUGGGGCGCUGGCCCGGUGCCCGCCCGCUGCUGACCAUCUGCCUCUCCCUGCAGGUCUGGCGCCAUGCCCAGCCGCUUGCAACCCUAGGCCACACCCUGGCCUUCGGAGCAGCCCCCGCUCGCUCUGGGGGUCUCCCCUCCGCACUGCCCACGGCCGCGCCAUGGCCGGGGACCGGCUCCCUCGGAAGGCGAUGGACGCCAGGAAACUGGCCAGCCUGCUGCGGGCCGGGCCCGGGGGGCCGCUGGUCAUCGACAGCCGCUCCUUCGUGGAGUACAACAGCGGGCACGUGCUCCGCUCCGUCAACAUCUGCUGCUCCAAGCUGGUGAAGCGGCGGCUGCAGCAGGGCAAGGUGACCAUCGCCGAGCUGAUCCGGCCGGCCAGCAGGUGGCAGGUGGAGGCCGCAGAGCCGCAGGACGUGGUGGUCUAUGACCAGAGCACCCGGGACGCCAGCGUGCUGGCCGCAGACAGCUUCCUCUCCAUCCUGCUCAGCAAGCUGGACGGCUGCUUUGACAGUGUGGCCAUCCUCACGGGGGGCUUUGCCACCUUCUCCUCCUGCUUCCCCGGCCUCUGUGAGGGCAAGCCUACUGCCCUGCUGCCCAUGAGCAUCUCCCAGCCCUGUCUGCCCGUGCCAAGCGUGGGCCUGACCCGCAUCCUGCCCCAUCUGUACCUGGGCUCUCAGAAGGACGUCCUGAACAAGGAUCUGAUGACCCAGAACGGGAUCAGCUACGUUCUCAACGCCAGCAGCUCCUGCCCCAAGCCCGACUUCAUCUGCGAGAGCCGCUUCCUGCGCAUCCCCAUUAAUGACAACUACUGUGACAAGCUGCUGCCCUGGCUGGACAAGUCCAUCGAGUUCAUCGAUAAAGCCAAGCUGUCCAGCUGCCAAGUCAUCGUCCACUGUCUGGCUGGCAUCUCCCGCUCUGCCACCAUCGCCAUCGCGUAUAUCAUGAAGACC